CCAGUGAAACAGUGGCGCAACAUUUCCAGCAACAGCUUUCCAUAUCAGGAAGACAGAGAGGCAUAAGCAGCGAGUCUGCGCUCACGUCUCCACAGCGUACGCUGUUUUCGAACGAGUAAGUGGAAUAAAUCGCCUCGUCGUGGAGUAAAACAGGCGAGUUCUAGACAGGAUGACUUUUCUCCUGCUUUUUUUGGGCCAUGUUGUGACUGCAAUAGCUCUAACUGGAGUCCACAGUGAAACAGCCCUAAACCUUGACUGUACCAACGACUCUGAGGAGAAGAUGUUUUGCCAGGUAGAGGCUCAGAACUGUACUGAAUACAACUUGACCAUCGAGAGUGAUCUCGGCUAUGGUACUGAGAGCUGCAGUUUACAGCAGUGUGACAGUGGACGCUGUUGUUGCACUGUCACAAUGACGCUCAUCCUGGGGGAGACUCAUACAGCAACAGUCUGGAGAGCUGGAAAAAGCUUAGAGUCGAAAAAAAUCAGCGUCACAGACACCAUAAAGCCCAAAACUCCAACUAUCAUCUCAGUCAAUGAAUCCAAGGGAAAUUUUGAAGUUAAGUGGAUUUCAAACAUGGAGGCUUCUUUCUCUCUGACUGCUGAAGUGACUUUCUAUAAAAAAGGAGACACAAAAAAGGUGACUGAAUCUAUUACACCGGCUAUUGUUGAGGGACUGAAUUACUACGAAAUAAAUGGUGAACGCCUGGAAUCAAGCACAACGUAUAUGGUCAGCGUGAGAAGCCACACAAAUAUAAGUGGAAAGUUCAGCGACAGCAGCAAAGAGUGGGAAUUUACAACCUCUUCCUCUCUUGUUAUCGUGCCCCUGGCUAUAAUCAUCAGCCUCAGUAUGACUGCCGUCAUCCUCGGCGGUGUCCUAUAUGUCUGUUAUAUAAAGUACAAAAGAAAGUGGUGGGACACAGUUGUCAAAGAUCUAAAUCCAAAACUUCUUAACAUGCAUCCCAGCAAGACUGAGCUUUUGAAGCCUUCGCCACUGGUCAUCUCCCCUCUCAUCGUCAGCAUUAGAGAUGAUACCCAUUCUCUAGAUGACUCCAAAAAAGGGUCGAAGCUAUGUGACACUAGUGACUGGAGCCUGCAACAAAGCAGUGGAAUUAGCACGGGAUCCUCAGCUCUCAGUUAUGCUAACACAGAACCUGCCCAGUUUACCAUCGCUGACGCCGUUAGAGACGCCCUUCAUGAAGCCCUGCCCACCAUCGGUCAAAUGACACCCCUAACCACAGAUCCCUUGAUGGACCUAAACAGUGACUAUAGUGUCAAAGUGAAAGAUAUAAGUUCGGGAUCAUCUGGUUUUGUAAAUAGAACCUAUUCCCCCCUCAUGCCAGGAGAAUCCACAAAACCUCCCAGCGAGAGUAACACUGUUACAGUGACCUGUCCAGAUGGUCUGUCCCCAGUGCAACAACUUAUCAUUUCAGCAUCUCUGGAUAUGGUGGUAGACGAUUCAUAUCAGCAGUGCAACGCUGAAUCUGGGAGGUUUUCAUAUACUGAAGACUCCAGCUCGUCCUCCAUCUCUAGUGACACCAGCACAGCCCCCUGUUGUGAUCUUAUGUCCAGAGUUGAGGCAGAGUGUGAGAACAGUGGUGGAUCCAACCUAAAUGCCAAAAGUGAAGAGGACAAUCUAUGUGACAAAAAUUCCUGCCAUGGCUCUUUGGUGGUGGAUAACGACUAUCAGUCAUUCCAGAGUCUAGUGCGGCAGCCUGAUGUUUCAUUUCCAGAAUGGAAAAGUGGAGAGCAAAAGGAACACUUGGACAAGUAUCAGGAGGAACCACCCGCCAAGAUCAAUCAAAGUGUCUUCGUGUCUACUCAAUCUGGCCCACUCAUUGUGAUCAGUGACUAUCAGAGCGUGUAGAUUAGCAGCAGAGCACAACUAAUGGACCUGGAGUUUUCUCUGCUCAGCCUUGAAAUGACCUUAUGAGCGUAUAUAUUUUGGAUGUAUUUAUUUUUGGUUUGCUAUGUUUUUGGUUUGAGCCAAUUAAAUUUGUAUGACAUUCAUGUAAAAUGUCAGUAAAAUGCUCCUGGUUUGAGACAUAAUGUUUUAGAUGUGUGCUUUGUAUAAAUGCUGGGGCAAAGGAGCUGCAGUAGGCUCAAGUAGACUGAUGUAUCUAGAUACCUUAAUGUGAUAAUAAGGUCUAUUUGUUUUUCAUAUUUUUAUUUUGCAUAGUAGACGGGAACUGCAUUCCCUAAAUGUGUAAUCUGAGGUGGUAGUGUAUGAAACCUCACUUAGACAUACAUAUCAUAGUUAGGGUUAGAGUUCUAAGUACUACAGAAACAGACUGACUAAGUUCUCCAAGAAUAGUCUAUAUAGCCACUUAAGUCAUCGUUGAUAAACCUUUUAAGGAAAAAAACACCCGACAGAAUUCUGUAAGUGAAACGAGCCACAACAAUCAUCGGUCAUGCAGAGUUGCUGUUCAGUGUUGUGAAAUUACUUCCUCAUUGCUCUUCUCUGGAACUGGUGAGCCAUUUUCACAGAAACGCGUCACUCGACUAGGCUCGGCAGUAAACAUUUGUAACUGAAAGUAACUUCUUAAGCUGUGAGACUGAAAAGAAACUACGGCAUUAAGGUGAUCAAUAAUGUGUAUACCAUUCAUGUCUUAAGUCUUAUGUAAGAAUAAAAGAAAUAAAAGUUGUUUAUACUCUG